AGAGAGAGAGAGAGAGAGAGAGACGUGGAUUGGUAUAUUUAAGCUGUGGAUGAUACCAAAUCGAACGCGUUUGGAGCUGGAGAGAGGGAGAUUAGAAUAAUUAGAGAGAGAAUUUGAAGGAGAGGAAGAGGAAGUGCAAUGGCGGACUCCAGCGAAUCCGUCUCCAUUGAUAUGGAGUCCAUACCAUUCGCCGGCAAGGAGCAUAUUAUCAAAACGGGUCAUGGUUCCGUCUCUGUUGCUGUAUUUGGAGACCAGGACAAGCCAGCUCUUAUUACUUAUCCUGAUUUGGCUUUAAACUAUAUGUCCUGUUUCCAAGGGUUGUUCUUUUGUCCAGAAGCAUUUUCUCUCCUUCUCCACAACUUCUGUAUUUACCACAUCAGUCCUCCAGGUCAUGAGUUAGGAGCUGCUGUCGCUGGCCCUGAUGAACCUUUACUGACUGUUGAUGAAUUGGCUGAUCAGAUUGCUGAAAUCCUCGACUAUUUUGGGCUUGGUUCGGUUAUGUGCCUGGGUGUAACAACUGGAGCUUACAUUCUUACCCUUUUUGCUCUGAAACACUCACGACGUGUCAUGGGUCUUAUUCUUGUUUCCCCUCUGUGCAAAUCACCUUCUUGGACAGAAUGGUUAUGUAACAAGGUGAUGUCCAAUUUGCUUUACAUCUGUGGCAUGUGUGGCAUAGUAAAGGAGCUGUUGCUCAUGCGAUACUUCAGCAAGGAAGUUCGUGGUGGUGUUGAUGUACCCGAGUCGGAUAUUGUCCAGUCUUGCAGAAGAUUGUUGGGCGAGAGACAGAGUCCUAACGUGCUGCGCUUCCUUGAAGCUAUUAACGAGAGGCCAGACCUCAGCAAUAGCUUGAGGAAAUUGAAGUGUCGAUCCUUAAUUUUUGUUGGCGAAAACUCUCCUUUCCACGACGAAGCUCUUCACAUGACUUCAAAGCUAGACAGAAGAUUCAGUGCCUUGGUUGAGGUUCAAGCAUGUGGCUCGAUGGUCACAGAAGAGCAGCCCGAUGCCAUGCUGAUCCCACUGGAAUACUUUCUCAUGGGCUAUGGCCUCUUUAGACCCCCCCUGUGA